AUGACUGAUACUGAUAGUAGUUCUCGUCACGUAUCUUAUGAGCAAGUAAAACAAAUGAUCGAUUUUAUGGGGCAACACGUCGACUUUGCGUCUGGAAGUCUUCGUUCCUUAGAAGCUAGACAUACAUCUAAAACACUAUGGAAUGAGCUAACUAAAAUAUUAAAUAACUCGAAAUCUGGCACCAAGAAGACUUCUGAUGGCUGGAGUAAGUACUGGAGUGAUUUUAAAAACAAACUAAAAAAUAAGGUUAAUUUGCUCAAAAAACGCAAAAGGGCCAGUUCAACUAAAAAGAACAUAAAACCCUUAUCAAGACUAGAGAAGAGAACAUUAGUCAUACUUGGACCACAUUUUGAGCGCAAGAUAUGUAAAAGAUCUGUUGACCCAUUCAGUGAUUUAACUUCUAAAGACUAUCCACCAGUGGUUAAAUUAGAAGCUUACCAAGAAAAUGGGUUUGAUUAUAAUCAUAUUCAAAGUGAUAGCAGUGAAAGACCCUCAGAUGGUGAUAGAGAUAGCAACAUGAGUGAAGAUUCAAAUGAUGAAUUUGAAGAUGAUUCUGAUGGAGAUUCUAAUCAAAAUAUCAUACAAAGUAUUUACCCCAAAUGGCUAAUAGAAAUAGAAAAAAAACGCACAGAAGCCGAUUUAUCCAGAGCUAAAGCAGAAGAACAGAGAGCUAAUAUCUCAGCAAAAAAUGCAGACGCAGCUCUCACUCAAGCUGAAGCCCUAAAAAAAUUAGCCGAGGCAGCUGAAAAACAAGCAGAUGCACUAAUGAAAAUUGCAAACCUUUUAGAGUGCAAAGUUCAAAAUACACAACCUAUG